UCGUGCCAUAUCGCAAGGAAGCAGAGAAGAAGAGAGGGCGACGUUUUAAAUUUACUUGGAAAAACUAGGAAAAGUUGCAUCAAAGUGGUUUUAGCUACUGCUAAUACAGUCUUCUGGGUGGUGUUGGGAACACAGUGGGGGCAUCAUGAACCCCGAGGCACAGGAAUCUGCAGGGGGCUCUGAACUGGAGUCUGACUUCAACUGGGAUGAAUAUCUGGAGGAGAAUGGAGUAUUGGCGGUUCCACAUCACGCCUUCAAACAUGUGGACCAUAGCCUGCAGACAGGGCUGACUCCAGGGAUGAGGCUGGAGGUGUGUGUGCGUUCGGAGCCUGACCAACCCUACUGGGUGGCCACUAUCAUCACCACCUGUGGCCAACUGCUGCUGCUGCGCUACAAGGGUUACCAUGACGACCGACGAGCAGACUUCUGGUGUGACGUCAUGACCUCUGACCUCCACCCUCUGGGGUGGGGUAGGCAGCAGGGGCGACCAAUGAGACCGCCCUGUGGUGUCCGUAAGAAACAUGGUGACUGGGAAGCUGUCCUAGAGGAGGCUCUGGCUCAGGGAGGGAGCGCACCAGCACACCUACUGAAGGGGGCUCAGACAGGGGGAGACCCAGCAGACCUGUUUCCCCCGGGGUGGUGUGUGGAGCUGCAGGACACUGUGGACCCAGGGGUGGCCUGGGGGGCUCAGGUGGAGGACAACAUAGGGGGCCGUCUGUGUCUGCGCUACGCUGGGACAGAGGGGCUCACCCAGUCACAGGCCAGGCGCUGGGUAUUCUACCUGGACCCCCUCCUGCAACCACCUGGCUGGGCUGAGGAGAACAGCUACUCUCUCACUCCACCUGCUGUGCUUUGUGGUUUGCGCAGCGAAUCAGAGUGGGAGGAGGUGAGAAAGAACAUUAGACAGCCUAAAGAAGAAGCUUUCAAUCGAGACUUUUUUAAGGACCGGCCAGUCCUCUCUCCUCACUGCUUCUCUGAGGGGAUGAAGUUGGAGGCAGUGAACCCCGCUGCCCCCUUCAACAUCAGCCCAGCUACUGUCACCAAGGUGUUGAGCGACAAGUACUUCCUGGUGCAGAUGGACAGCCUGCAGGGAGACAGUGAGGGGGCGGGGCCUGACUCAUCCUUCCUCUGUCACCAUGGAAGCACCGGAAUCUUCCCUGUCCAUUGGAGCCUUAAAAAUGGGGUACCCCUCAGUCCCCCUCCAGGUUACCAGGGUCAGGACUUUGACUGGGCGGAUUACCUGAAACAGUGUGGAGCAGAGGGAGCGCCAGAGAGCUGUUUCCCUGUGGAGCAGAGUGAUCAUGACUUUGUUGAGUCCAUGAGGCUGGAGGCGGUGAAUCCCGUCUCUCCUGAGUACGUCCACGUGGCAACUGUAACCAGGGUCAGAGGUCAGCACAUCUGGCUGGGUCUAGAAGGUUUGAAGCAGACUCUGCCUGAUGUCAUCACGCAUGUGGACUCUCUGGACAUCUUUCCAGUCAGCUGGUGUGAGAGUAACGGCUACCGACUCCAACAUCCCUCUCAACCUACAGCUCAGAAGAAGAGCCGUGUGGCCGUGUUGCAACCAGAGAAGCAAUCUCAACUUAAAGCCACGCCCCCUGAUGCAGCGAGGCAGCAGGAUCUGAGCCAAUCAGAGAGCGCUCAGGGUAACGGGAAGUACAGCUGCCCAAAGAUCUUCUUCAACCACCUCUGUUUCUCUGGCCCCUACCUGAACAAGGGCCGCAUCGCUGAGCUGCCCCAGAGCAUCGGCCCCGGCAACUGUGUCCUGGUGCUGAAAGAGGUGUUGACUCUACUGAUCAGCUCAGCCUACAAGCCCAGCCGGGUGCUGAGGGAGCUGCAGCAGGACCCAGAGCUGAGGGGGCACGGCCAGGGAGAGACUCUCAAGGCCAAGUACAAAGGGAAGAGUUACCGGGCCACUGUGGGGAUUUCCCGUACGGCUGACCAGGUGGCUGAGUUCUGCAGGAGGACAUGUGUGAGGCUGGAGUGCUGCCCCAACCUGAUCGCACCUCACAUGGUGCUGGAACACUGCUCGGAGAACUGUUUCCUGCUCACCAAGACUAAAUACACUCAUUACUACGGUAAGAAGAAGACCAAGCGCAUUGGCCGUCCCCCUGGCGGUCACACUAACCUGGAGAGCAGCACCAAGCAAGGGAGCAGGAGGAAGAAGAGGAAGCCCCUGUCUGUCCACAAGAAAAAACGCCUGUCUACAUCUGUGGACAGCACCCCUGCUUGCUCCCCACUGGGUAGUGGAGAGGAGGAGGACCUGGAUGAGGACUACUUUCUGAGUGAGGAGGACUCGGGCUCAGAGCAGCAGGAUGACUCUGAGGUGUCAGAGAGGAAGUCCCAGCCUGCCUCUCGCUGUCCCACCCCUACAGAACCACGCCCUCGGGAAGGACCCCGCCAGUGUAGGAAAACCCCCCACUUACCCUCCUACUCAGAUGAUGAGAACCAGCCCCCCUCACCUAAGAGUGGGCGGGUGGAGGUGCAGGAGAAGCUGCAUCUGGACAGCAGUCCUCUGGGCUGGAGCAUCACUGAUGUGACCCGCUUCAUCAGAACCACUGACUGUGCCCCGCUGGCACGCAUAUUCAGGGACCAAGAGAUAGAUGGCCAGGCCCUGCUGUUGCUGAGCCUGCCCACAGUUCAGGAGUGUAUGGGGCUGAAGCUGGGCCCUGCCAUCAAACUGUGCCACCUUAUAGAGAGGGUCAAACUGGCCUUUUACCAGCGCUUUGCCGGCUGAGAAGUUUGUGUGAAGUGUGAUGUGUGUUUGUGUGAAGUGUGAUGUGUGUGUGUGUGUGUGUGUGUGUGUGAGUGUGUGUGUGUGUGUGUGUGUGUGCGCGCAUUAUGUACACUGUUGUUUUCAAUUAUGUGUAUAAACCCUGGAUGACUGAUAAGGGGCGUUGUAUUGAAGCCACCGCACAGCCAUCUUGGUACUCCUCCAUUGUAAAAAAAGAUUUAGGAAGCUAUAGAAUUGUUUUUUGACAUGUGGCCAAUACAAUGGCCAAUACAUAGCAUCAGCAAUCCAGGGUUUAUAUACAUCAUUGGUUGUUAUGUGCUGCUCCAGGAUGGACACAGUUUAUAGCCUCAACUGAACACCCCUGUAAUAUGUGACUGGAUUCUGUAUCUUUCAGGGAUUUCAUGUUUGAGUUUGUUUACCAUUUGUUUGUACACAGUUGAGGGGAAUUGAAAAGCACAAGGUAAUUGUAUGGAGUCAUGAUGGAGUUGUUUUCCAUCCAUUCAUCACUUAAGACUUCGGUUGAAAUGAAAAUCCAAGGUAAAGCAUUUCAACAAAAUAGAUCUGGAGACCGGUUUAGGUACUAGUUCCCCUCUUAUUAAUGCAAAGUCCCCUCAUUGUGAAACAAUAAAAAUAUUGAAUCUGUAUAAUGUGAAUAACAAACAGCACCUGAUGUGGGGAGACAUAUUUGCACUAUCAUCGCUAGGUUUUUACGUCGGUCUACAAGGUUAGGGUUAUCAA